UGGCUGAGGAGGAGGAGCUGAGGUGGGGCCAGCAGUCAGCUUCCUUCGCUACGGAAGGAAAAGAAACGGGUGGAUCCAGAAGAGUGUAGCUCAAGACAGCCGCAAGGGCUCCUCGGGCCAGGUCCCCUUCUGAUGGCUUUUCUGAAAAAAUACCUCCUCCCCAUUCUGAUGGUCUUCUUGGCCUACUACUACUAUUCUGCACAUGAGGAGUUCAGACCAGAGAUGCUCCAAGGAAAGAAAGUGAUUGUCACAGGGGCCAGCAAGGGGAUUGGAAGGGAAAUGGCUUAUCACCUGGCGAAGAUGGGAGCCCAUGUGGUGUUGACAGCGAGGUCAAGAGAAGCCCUUCAGAAGGUGGUAUCCCGCUGCUUAGAGCUCGGGGCAGCCUCUGCACACUACAUUGCUGGCAACAUGGAAGACAUGCCCUUUGCAGAACAAUUUGUUGCUGAAGCAGGAAAGCUCAUGGGAGGAAUAGACGUGCUCAUUCUCAACCACGUCCUCUACACUCCUCUGACUUUUUUUCAUGGUGAGAUCAACAUGGUGCGCAAAGCCAUGGAGGUCAACUUCCACAGCUUUGUGGUCCUGAGUGUAGCCGCCUUGCCCAUGCUGAAGCAGAGCAAUGGAAGCAUAGCCGUCGUCUCCUCGCUGGCCGGGAAAAUACCUUAUCCUCUGGUUGCUCCCUAUUCUGCAAGCAAGUUUGCUCUGGAUGGAUUCUUCUCGUCCAUUAGGAAAGAAUUUGUCGUGAGCAAAGUCAAUGUGUCGAUCUCUCUGUGUGUCCUCGGCCUCAUAGACACAGAUACAGCCAGGAAGGCAGUUGAAGGGGUUUAUGAAGGCUACGCUUCUCCAAAGGAGGACUGCGCCCUGGAGAUCAUCAAAGGGACAGCUCUGCGUCAAGAGGAAGUGUACUAUGACCACUCACCCUGGACCUUACUGCUGCUUGGAAAUCCAGGGAGGAAGAUCAUGGAAUUUCUCACUGUAAGGUCAAUCCAAUGGGACAGGGUGAAAAGCAACUAGAAACUCCCUUCCAGUCGGGCAUGCUGAAGGGUCUUGGAACUGUUCUGCCCGACAUUUCUCUGAGCUCCGUUCCUGAAGGUAUCUUCCCAAAGGAGUAACUAAAGUAUUCCUAGCACCAUGCAAGUCGGGGUAUCUCUCACAACCGGAAGGCAUC